AUGAUCAAUGAAGAACAUGUUGCAGAAAUUUCAUCUUGGAUUAAUCGAAAAGAAACCACUUAUUCGGAAAUAGACAUUCCAUAUAAGUUUAAGUUAAUUUUAAGAGGAAGUCGUGAUGGAUUUAAUCCUCAAACUUUUUGGAAUUUGUGCCACGGAAUGCAAAGAACUGUAACGGUUCUAAGAGUCGCAGGAACAGAUGAAAUUCUCGGAGGAUAUAAUCCUUUAAUUUGGGAUAAAACAACUGAUGGAAUUUGGAUGAAGUCGAAUGAUUGUUUUAUCUUCUCAUUAAAGAACUAUAAAAUGAGAAAUUCAAUUCUCAGUCGAGUGAAGGUCAAUAACAACGCAAUUUAUAAUCCAAUCUGGAGUGUUCAAGACAAGUAUGGUCCAAA